AUGGGGACUGGUUCUCAAGCCACUGGUGAUCUCUUCAGAUGGUUUUGUGUUGAAAGCGGAGAUGCUGAUAACCCUUCAGUGAUAUUAGUCCACGGUUUCCCUUCACAGGCAUAUUCUUAUCGCAAAGUUCUUCCCGUGCUCACUAAGGACUAUCAUGCCAUGGCUUUUGAUUGGCUGGGAUUUGGAUUUUCUGAUAAGCCUCAACCUGGAUAUGGUUUUGACUACACUCUAGAUGAAUAUGUAUCAUCUUUGGCGUCCACUUGUCAUGAACUAGCUGUUGGUAAAGUAUCACUUGUAGUUCAGGGCUACUUUUUCACCAGCAGUUUUAAGUAUGCGAGCUUGCACCAGGAAAAGCUCAACAACUUGAUACUCAUUAAUCCUCCU